AAUGGCUACUCCGAGGACGAAGUCCGCAAGGAAUCCUCCAAAGCCGCCGCCCAAGCGAAACAAGCCCACGACAAGGCCACGGAACUCAUGCAAGCCGCCGCAGCAGCAGGCGACCCCGAAGAACGCCAGAAGCUCAUGGAACAAGCCCUCGAGCAGCAAAUUCAAUCCAAAUCCCUCGGCAAGACUGCAAAGUACCUGCGCUCGGGCACCUUCCAGGGCAUGGCCGUGGGCGCGGGUCUCGGCAUCGCCCCAGGCGCCUCACUGGGUGCAAUCACAGGGACGUUGGUCGGCGGCGUAUCAUCGACGGCGUUGGGAGGGUUGGGUGCAGGACUUGGUGCGGCGACGGGGUGGAUGCACGGCCCGUUUUGGGACGUGGGGAAGGGAGGGAGUAAGAUGAUUGAGAAGAUUGCGGGGAGUUUGCCGGGCUGGAAAGCUACUGAGACUCAGAAGAAGCAGCUUGAGAAGAUGAUUGGGCAUAUCAAUGAGCAGGAUGCGCCGAGUCAGGAGGAGUUGGAGAGCUUGGGGAAGGAGGGGCCGAGUGCGGAGCAGAAGGAGGUUCUGGAGAACGUGAAGGCGAAGAUGCCGUCUAUGCCUUCUCAGGGCGACUCGAAAGAGUCUGCAAACGAUGGGGACUCUAACGAACAGAAGACGCAGGAUGAUGGGCACCAAAAAGAGCAGUCUAAGACAGAGACCUCUGCGACAUCUGAGACAAGAGGAUCGCACAGUGAAGAGAAAGAGACACACGGCGACAACGGAGAUGCCAACGAUACUGUGCAGCCCGAUCAUACCAGCGAGAAGUCUCGAGAUACCAACACUGCACAGGAGAAGCCCCAAGAGGCUCAAUCCAACCCUGCAGAGCCGACAGGAGAGAAGGAACGCAAGAAGCCCCGCAAGCUACAGCCCAAGUCAGAGAACGUUGCGGCGCCGUCUGGAGAGCCAGCUGGCGCCAAGAAGAAGCCCCGGAAGCUCGAGAAAAGAUCA